AUGAUAUUUCACCUCCAAUCAAUAAUAACAUCUACAAACUCAAAAAUAUCAAACAUUGACUUUAUUUUGGGCUUUGCUAGUGAGGUAUACGUACAUGGAAAAGGUACUGGAAAUUUCCAUCCCACUUGGAACCUUGAAGAAUUUGAUAUCGAAUGGGUGAAAAAGGUGAAAGAAACUAUUCCACAUGCCAGGGUGAUUAUAAGCAUCGGAGGUGUUGGCUCUGAAUUUCCAUUCGAUCCAAUUGAAAAACAUGUAUGGAUUUACAGAGCCAUAGAGUCGAUCAAAUGGAUCGUUCGUGAUCUCUAUGACAAUCUAAUUGAUGGUAUUGAUAUUCAUUAUGACGUUAUCAAAUCAAGUGAAGAUGAAUUUUCCUUUUCUAUUGGGAAAGUUAUAAGAAAACUAAAAAAUGAUAUCGAUCUAUCCAUCAAUGUGAUUUCCAUUGCUCCAAAUGAACUGUUCCAAUCCUACUACCUCAACUUAUAUUUGCAAAACGAAGCCAUUAUCGACUUGGUUGACUUCCAAUUCUACGAUCUUAAACCACGAACUCUAAAACAACUUGUAGAACUUUAUGAAAAAUUAGUUUAUGAGUACACUCCGACUAUAGUCCUACCAAUAAUUAGCUCUCAUCCGGUACCUAUAAUUAUCGAGUUCAUCAAAUACCUCCUUAAAAAUAAGUUACUCCCUGGCAUUGUUGUUUGGGAUGAUAAUAACUCAACCGAUGGAAGUACAAACACUUUCUCUUUAGAGAAUGUGCUACAACAUCUCUAA